AUGUUGGUGGCACCCAGCACUAAAACACCGUCUGAGUCAUUGCCGACUCCGUUCAUCUGCACAAGCAGUUCUGUCUUGAUUCUCCGUGAUGCCUCAGAUUCACCCUCGCCUCUUGGUCCACACAAUGCGUCCACCUCGUCGAUGAAGAUAAUGGCAGGUUUUUGCUCUCUGGCCAUUGUAAAAAGCUGCUUCACCAAUCUUUCAGACUCUCCCAUCCACUUGCUAACCAGAUCCGACGACGAAACAGAAAAGAAAGUCGAAUUGGCCUCCGUCGCGACAGCCUUGGCCAGAUACGACUUACCCGUACCUGGUGGUCCAUAUAGCAAAAUUCCAGAAACGGGUUUUCUUUUGCCUCUGAAAAGAUGCGGGAACUUGACCGGCAAAAUGACCGCUUCUUUCAAGGCAUCCUUAGCUGGCUCCAAACCAGCAAUGUCGCUCCAUGGCACGUUCGGUUUCUCGCUCAAAAUCGAACUGGCAAGAGCUCCACGGAGCUUCUUGGUGUCACUAUCGUUAUCGUCGUCCUCUGCACCAUUGGUCUUCUUUGCCUUCACAGACCCGGACGUCGCGCUUGCCUCUCCCGUCUGA